UUUUUAUCCAUGAAAGCAACUUUUCAUUUGUUUAAACAUAUAAAAUGUUGCAUAAAUCUCCUUUGUUGAUCCUUUCCUAUUUCUUUUAUCAUCAUGCUAUUAAGAUCAGUUUUGAUACUGAAAUUGGUGGUCUUAUUGAUAAUCACACUAGCAAACGGUAACCCCCCUGAAGAGCCCGUUAAAUGUUCGAACAAUUUUACAAACUGCACUAUUACCAACUCGUAUGGCGUGUUCCCAGACCGUAGCACUUGUCAUGCAGCAGAGGCCGCAUACCCUUCAUCCGAACAAGACAUUGUCUCAAUAGUUGCAAACGCUACGCGAGCAAAAAGAAAGAUGAGAGUAGCUACGCGUUACUCGCACAGUAUACCAAAGUUGGUUUGUCCUGAUGGUGAGAAUGGGCUCAUUAUCAGUACAGAGAAUCUUAACCGCGUUAUUAAAAUAGAUAAAGAGAAAAUGCUUGUUACCUUAGAGAGUGGUGUAACAUUGAGGCAACUUAUUGAUGAAGCUGCAAAAAGUGGGUUGGCUUUUCCUUAUACUCCUUAUUGGUGGGGCUUAACGAUAGGUGGUCUUUUAGGUACCGGUGCACAUGGUAGCACCCUUUGGGGAGAUGGUAGUUCAAUUCAUGAUUAUGUGGUUCAAAUGCGGAUUGUCACCGCAGGAAGUGAGGAAAAUGGUUAUGCUAAAGUGAGAACUCUAGAAGAAAAUGGUGAGUUUGAUGGUGAGAUGAAGGCAGCUAAGGUUUCUCUUGGAGUACUUGGAGUCAUUUCUCAGGUGACUUUAAAGUUACAACCCUUGUUCAAGAGAUCUGUUACCUUCUUACCAAAAAAUGAUACGGACUUAUCAGAUCAAGCCAUCGCUUUCGGGAGACAACAUGAGUUUGCGGACAUAACAUGGUACCCAAGCCAAAAACGAGUUGUUUAUCGCAUUGAUGAUCGAGUUUCCUCCAAUGUAUCUGGAAAUGGACUUUGGGAUCACCCCGGUUUUCGAUCAACGCCUUCACUUGCACUCCUUAUCUUAAGAUCUACAGAGGAAGAUCAAGAAGCUAAAGGUGAUGCUGCUGGAAAGUGCAGAAAUGGAAAGCUUACUACAAACACUUUAAUAAGGAGUGCAUUUGGGCUGACCAAUGAUGGUAUUAUCUUUAAGGGAUACCCUGUAAUCGGGUAUCAAAAUCGGCUUCAAGCAUCAGGAGGUUGCCUAAAAGGCUUGAAAGAUGCUGAAAUAACCGCAUGUCCAUGGGAUCCCCGAGUGAAGGGUUUGUUCUUUCACCAAACCACAUUCAGCAUUGUCCUUUCAAAAGCUAAAGAUUUCAUCCAAGACGUACAAAAGCUUGUAAGUAUCGCACCACAAUCGUUAUGUGGUAUAGAUCUAUAUAAUGGGAUCCUCAUGAGAUAUGUCACCGGCUCAAAUGCAUACAUAGGAAAACAAGAAGACUCAUUAGAUUUUGACAUCACAUAUUAUAGAAGUAAAGAUCCCAAAACUCCAAGACUUUAUGAAGAUGUGUUAGAAGAGAUUGAACAAAUGGCGGUGUUUAAGUACGAUGGUUUACCGCAUUGGGGGAAGAAUCGAAAUGUGGCAUUUGAGGGGGCGAUCAAGAAGUAUAAAAAGAGUAGGGAGUUUUUGAAGGUUAAAGGGAAAUAUGAUCCAUUAGGGUUAUUCUCAAGUGAGUGGACAGAUCAAGUUUUAGGACUCAAAGGUGGUUUAACCAUUGUUAAGGAGGGUUGUGCACUUGAAGGUUUGUGUGUGUGCUCAGAGGACAUUCAUUGUGCCCCCCAAAAAGGUUAUUUGUGUAGGCCUGGGAAAGUCUUUCAGGAUGCAAGGGUUUGUACUUUGGUUCAAGUCUCAAAUCAAUGGUCGGCACAAACCGAACUCUAGAGUCUAUUUAUUUAUUUAAGUUAUAAGUUUGAAUCUCUUUUUGAAAGUAGACACCAUCACCAUUUCUAGAUUUACCAAUCAAUUUACUAAGAAUAGGUGUUUGUCGAAAUUCCGCUAUAUAUGUUGUAGUGUCAUGACUCAUGGCCCUUGAACAUAAUGCUAAAUUCGCACGUGAAUUUCAAGCACAUG